AUGAAAUCGAAAUCAAUUGAACAUUUUGGUAUUAUAGAAGGAAUCAAAGGUGAUCGUAAUAUUUCAGUUUGUUAUGAUGGUCAAGAUCAUAUCUAUUUAGUGAAUGGUGCCGGUCUUAACUAUAGAAUUGAUCGAUUCAACAUCAAAACAAUGAAAUUUGAAUCAUAUCAUCAAUUACCUUUUGGCUAUGAUACAACAAACAAACGAUUCAUCAAAUACAAUGUUGAAACCAAACAAUCAAUCAAUCUUAAUGCAAUAUCUCUAACAAAUUUACAGUUUUCAUGUGUAAUGUAUCAUCGAGAAUCACCUACAUCAAGUUAUAUCUUUUCAUUUGGUAAUUCUCUUGAAUAUAAUUUCAAAUAUUCAAUUGAAUCCAAUCAAUAUGAACCAUUCUUUAGAGAUAUUAUUAAUCACAAAAGAUACUGGUGUGCAUCUACUUCAAUUACAUUUUAA